GCUUACAAGUUUCUUUAUAUUUCCUUCUUUGAUGCCCCAAAGGGAAAUUUCAAUUUCAUUUCAUCAGAGCGCUUUUUCAUCGACCAGCAUCUGAUGGAUAGUUACUAUUUCAUUCCAAAAGAAGGACCACUUCAUACUACUAAAGCGGGCAUCAUCCAUCGUAAAUGCCAGAUGAUACGAACAUUCUUAGCUAAUAUCAACAUGCGACACGGCGAAAAUAUCCAAGGAAAUUUUAAUGUGUACCAAUACGAAGAUGUCGAUGCCGCCACGAGAUAUGGAGUUAAAGAAAGUAUCAUCAUCGACAAUUGGAAACGCAAGAUUAUAGGUUCAAUGCCAGCAGAACUUAUCCAAUCACAUAAAGACAACAAACCACAGAUGGAUCCUCAAAAACAGAAGGGUAUUCAACCAACCGUUCAGAAAAUUGUUAGGGCCUUCAUGGUUCUUCAUGGAAUGUACCCAAGAUAUGAUUUCAAGGGUGAUAAACACAAAGUAGUAAAGAUAGACUGGACUGAUUUUACCACCCAGUUUGAACAUGACAUGGAAGGGCUUCAACCUCGAUUCACUGUGCAGAUGGCAGCGUCAGGGGUUGUGGGCGUGACAUUAUUUGAUUGUCUCUACGGGAUACUUGAUGAGGUAAAAAGACAAAUAAAAAUGAAAAGUAACAUACAAAGAAAGUUCUAAUAGUCUCACUUGCAGGAAAUGCCCACGAGAGGUAUGGAUGUUGGUUUGACACACCAGAGACCCGACCCAAUAAAGCAGCCAUUUACAUGAGACAUUUUUUCUUCCAAGAUUUAUCGGACCAAACAAUGGCAGUGCUGACUUACUGUAAAGUUCCUGGGCAUAUGCACUCAAGUAUUUGAAUGAACCUACACCAGUCCAUGGAGGCCACUAAGCCAUUGCAUAGCUUUUGUUUCAGCAAUUACUUCA